AUGAGCAAAAUCGAGGGCUCGACCGAGAAAUCAAUGAUAACUAUGUGGUCACUGAUGUCGGAGCGGUUUGAGAGACCGGAAAAAGUGCUCAUUUGUCGGUCGCAUAUCACUACAGCCUUCGCCGAACAGCAUCUGGUGAUCGGCGCUAUGAUUGACGGAUCGUUAGCUCUCUGGGAUCUGAACGAAGUGUCCAACUCUUACAAAGAGAUAACUAUUGAUAACCAGAUGUUUGUGUUGAGGACGCCUUCAUAUAACUCGGCGCUGACGGCCAGAGAACACGACUGUCCUGUAAUAACUAUCAAACAGUUAACUCUUAGUGAAUCCAAUGAGGAGUCCAUACAUUUUGUUACUGUCGAUGAAAAUGGAAUUCUCAUUAUUUGGGCCAUUAAUGAAGUCAAAGAGGAAAUCAACGAUUUAGAUUACGGCCAUUGGAUGUCAGCCAAACGAUUGGUCAAACUUUUAUUGCGGAACAGAUAA